AUGACCGGCUCUCUCCACCGAACUGCCCGGGUUAUUUCCGUCAUUGCGGGGACGCUGGUCGCCCUCUCAUGUGGAACCAAUUAUGCAUACUCCGCGUGGGCGCCACAAUUCGCGCACCGAAUGAAGCUCUCUUCAACCGAGAGUAAUUUUAUUGGCGUCGCGGGGAACCUGGGGAUGUAUGCUAUGGGGAUCCCAAUGGGACUACUGACAGAUGCCCGCGGUCCCCGACUUGUCGCGCUCAUUGGCUCUAUUUGCCUGGGCCUGGGGUACUUCCCAAUCUAUAUGGCAUACGAUAAUGGCCAAGGAUCGAUGCCGGUUGUCUUCCUAUGCCUCUUCGCUUUCCUUACCGGCAUGGGUGGCUGCUCUGCCUUUGGCGGUGCCAUCAAAACUGCGGCAUCCAACUUCCCCGACCAUCGGGGCACAAGUACAGCUUUCCCCAUGGCGGCCUUUGGACUCAGUGCGCUAUUCUGGUCCAAUCUGUCAACUCUCAUUUUCAAAGACGAUACCGGUCGCUUUCUUUUGCUUUUAGCCCUCGGGACCUCGAUUCUGUCCUUUGCUUCAAUUCCAUUCCUUCGAAUUCUCGACAGCGAGGCGUACUCGUCCGUCUCACCCAACCCACAUGAGUCCGGAAGACGCCACUCCAGCGAUCUUCAACCUGUGCCGGAGGACUCUGAUCUACAUGGCUCUGCAGCUUAUACUCACGAGCAGUACCCCGUGCAUGCGCGGUCGCACUCGGUUGCCUCGAACUCCCAAGGCAGAGCGUUCGCCAAUGACGAUGAGACUGCCACCUUAGUAUCCAAGAACGACCGCACACGCCCCUCUUUUGAUACACUUGACGAUGACUUCCUAGACGAAGUGGCCAUUGAGGCACACCAAACUGACAUCAGAGGUCUCGCCAUGCUCCGCAAAGUCGAGUUCUGGCAGCUCUUCUUGACCAUGGGACUCUUGUCCGGUAUCGGCUUGAUGACCAUCAAUAAUAUCGGCAACAGCGUGAAAGCUCUGUGGCUAUACUACGAUGAUAGUGCAACAGACGUGUUCAUUCAACACCGCCAGGUCAUGCACGUCUCCAUUCUUUCCUUCGGCAAUUUCCUUGGCCGUCUAUUCAGCGGCAUAGGCUCUGACCUACUAGUCAAGAAGCUCGGUAUGUCCCGCAUCUGGUGUUUAUUCUUGUCAGCGGUUGUCUUCACCCUGACCCAGCUCGCUGGAACCACCAUUUCGAACCCAAACAGCCUAGUCGUUGUCUCCGGCUUCACCGGAAUCGCCUAUGGCUUCCUGUUUGGCGUCUUCCCUUCCCUAACCGCACACACUUUCGGCAUUGGCGGCCUGUCCCAGAAUUGGGGCGUCAUGACGCUAGCCCCAGUGUUCAGUGGUAAUAUUUUCAAUUUGUUAUACGGUAAUAUCUAUGACGGGCACUCUGUUGUCGGCCACGAUGGCGACCGCGAGUGCCCAGAUGGACUAGGCUGCUACCGCACUGCCUACUUCAUGACUUUCGUUUCCGGGCUAUUUGGUAUCGCUGUUUGUCUGUGGACCAUUAUGCGCGAGAGGAACAUCAAUAACAUCAUGAACAAGAAGUUGGGCCACCGACUCGCGUGA